AUGCUCCUGCUUUCCUGCAUAGUACUAAUGAACUUCCAGAUGACAAUAACAGAAACAUUUACUUUGGGAUAUUUAACUGGAUCCCAACGCAGAGCAGGGGAUUUGGAAUAUCCCAGACCGGGACUUACGAUAUCGGGAGCGAUUUCUUUGGCUAUUGAAGAAGUUAACAACGGGACGCUAGGCAGGAUGGGACACCGUUUGGAUUUCAUAGUUGCCGAAACGUACGGCGAAGAGAUAAUAAGCGUACAGAAAACGGCCGACUUGUGGACCAAAAACGUGUCGGUGUAUAUUGGACCUCAGGAGACCUGCGAGCAUGAAGCUUUCAUGGCGGCUGCAUUUAACGUUCCUAUGAUAUCGUAUUUUUGUACACACUACGCAACGUCGGAUAAAACAAAGUUUCCAACAUUUGCGAGAACCAGGCCUCCAGAUACCCAAAUUUCCAAAUCCGUUACGUCUGUAUUGGUGGCAUUUAAUUGGACCCAUGUGGUUUUGCUCUAUCUGAAAUCCCCGGACUUUGAAUUCGGCAACAUAGCCAGCAUUAUUCUGCAAUCUCUCAGCAUGGCCGGUAUAACAGUUAUUGCAACUAAAUAUUGGGACACGCCAUAUCACCAUGGAUACAUGGAAAAUCCAUUUCACAAAUUGGUGGAGGAAACAUACAAGGACUGCAGAAUUUUCGUUAUUUUGGGUCAUCACUACGAGCACUUAGGUCUGAUGCUCGCGAUGGAGGAAAAGAAGCUUUUCGAUAAAGGCGAAUAUUUUGUUGUGGGUGUUGAUAUAGAGCAAUACGACAACGAAAACCCAAAAAAAUACCUUCAUGGCUUGCUGAAGGACGACGUGGAUCCAGUUGCGGAAAAAGCUUAUCGCAGUUACCUGGGAGUGGUACCGUCGAGUCCAGUAGGCUUCUUAAACUUUACUAAUUUAGUGAACUCGUACAUGGAGAAGCCUCCGUUCAACUUUCCCAAUCCCUUGACGUACUUUGGUGGUGCCAAAAGGAUUAGAGCAGAAGCGGCGUAUUUGUACGAUGCAGUCCACGUCUACGCCAAUGCUCUGAUGAAAGUUUUAAAAAACGAUGAAGAUCCAAAAAAUGGAUCUGCAAUUAUUGAAUACAUGAAAGAAACGCAUUAUCAAAGUGCCAUGGGUUAUAUGGUCUACAUGGACGAGAAUUGCGAUGCCGAAGGAAACUACACGUUGGUCGCUCGUAAGCGGUCGUCGGAGGAAGAAGAUUCAGGCAGCUUUGGAAGCAGAGAAAAUUCCGAAGGAAAGUACGGACUCUAUCCGGUCGGAGUGUUCGCUCUACGAAGAACCGACUCCAGAUUGCCCGAACUGCUUAUGACAGACGAAAUAGAUUGGAUUACAGGAAAACCGCCAAUAGCAUCACCUUAUUGUGGAUUUCGAAGUGAAAAAUGUAUAUCGCAUACAAUGGAAAUUACUUGCGGAAUUGCAGGAAGCCUCGGACUUAUUGUCCUGGUUAUUUCCUUGGUUCUGUACAGGAACUGGCGGUAUGAGCAGGAGCUGGACAGUCUAUUAUGGAAAGUUGACUUCAAAGACAUACAAAUAAACGAAGAAGCCAACGUUAACAGUCAAGGAACAAAAAUGACAAGAUCCAUCCACCCUCUGAUAAGGACCAGUCAAGUGUCCUUAAGUUCGAAUCCUGACGCGGAUUUCCGAUACUCGACCAUAUUUACGCAAAUUGGAAUCUACAAGGGCAGAGUGUUCGCCAUCAAAAAGGUGAAUAAGAGGUCCAUAGACAUCACGCGAGAAAUGAAGAAGGAAUUAAAAAUGAUACGGGAUUUGAGACACGACAAUCUUAAUGCUUUCAUUGGAGCUUGCACAGACCCGCCAAAUAUUUGUAUUGUGACCGAGUAUUGCACCAGAGGGAGUUUAAAAGACAUUUUGGAAAAUGAGGAUGUUAAAUUGGAUAACAUGUUUAUAGCUUCAUUAGUAGGCGAUAUUUUACGGGGGAUGAUUUACUUGCACGACUCCCCGGUGAGAUUCCACGGGGCCCUGAACACCUCCAACUGCCUGGUAGACUCCAGAUGGGUCGUUAAAGUGGCAGACUUUGGUCUUAGAGAAUUUAAACGAGGAGCGGAAGACACAUCCCUUAAAGAACCACAGAAGAUACGGGAAAAGUGUUACAAUUUGUUGUACCGGGCGCCGGAAGUGCUACGUAGUCAGGCCUCGUUUUUGUCCUGCAAAGAUUCGUCGACAUGCGGUAGCCAGAAGGGCGACGUUUACUCCUUCGGGAUCAUUUUGUACGAGCUGCACAGCCGUCACGGGCCCUUCGGCGAUUUGGAUCUGUCAGCGGCAGAGAUACUGAACCGGGUCAUCAACUGCAACAACCCUUUGGCACCCUUUCGUCCGCCAUUAGGAUCACUGGAAACGAGCUUUGACUUUGUUAGAGACUGCUUAAAAGAAUGUUGGACGGAAAAUCCAGAGGAACGCCCCGACUUCAAAAGCAUACGGACCAAAUUGCGACCACUUCGAAAAGGGAUGAAACCCAACAUAUUCGACAAUAUGAUUGCAAUGAUGGAAAAAUAUGCAAACAAUUUGGAGGUGCUCGUCGACGAGAGGACUGAUCAAUUGCAGGAGGAAAAAAAGAAAACAGAGGCCCUUCUGUACGAAAUGCUGCCGCGUCCGGUGGCCGAGCAGCUGAAAAGAGGGAACAAAGUCGAAGCUGAAAGUUUUGAUUGUGUUACGAUCUACUUCAGCGACAUUGUCGGCUUUACAGCUAUGUCGGCUGAAAGCACUCCAUUACAGGUGGUGGACUUUUUAAAUGAUCUGUACACUUGCUUUGAUUCAAUUAUCGAGCAUUAUGACGUUUACAAAGUAGAGACUAUUGGAGAUGCCUACAUGGUGGUAAGUGGUCUUCCCAUAAAAAAUGGUCAUUUACAUGCCGCCGAGAUAGCCACAAUGUCGCUACAUUUGCUUUCUGACGUUAAAAAUUUUGCAACCAGGCAUAGGCCUAAGGAAAAAUUGAUGUUACGGAUUGGAAUACAUUCGGGGCCGGUUUGUGCAGGCGUGGUAGGUCUAAAGAUGCCGAGAUAUUGUCUUUUCGGUGAUACAGUGAAUACUGCUAGCAGGAUGGAGUCCACCGGAAUUCCAUUGAAAAUCCACUGCAGCAAAGAAUGCCGCGAGCUCCUCAACAAAGUAGGCGGCUAUCACCUGCUCGAGCGAGGGGUGGUGCAGAUGAAAGGCAAAGGCGACCAAAAAACCUACUGGUUGAUAGGCGAAGAUCACCAGUACCGAAGAAUGCGAAAAGAGGACCGCGACAAGAGGCGAGCAAUGCUGGACGGCCGAAAAACCACUCAGGUCGACAGCAACGGCCACUGCAUCAUCACGAGAAGUUCGUUGAAGAACAAGAACAGCAUCGUUAAAAGUCCGUUGCCAAGGUGCUCCUCCUUCGAAAGCCCCAAGCGGUUGAGAUUCGCGAGCGGCGAUAAUUUGGAGAAGAAAAACGAUAUACAAUUCCUCGAUGUAAUAGCAGAUAGUCCUUGCAAAAAAUCCGCUUGUUCCCUCAUCGAAAGUUCUUUGAACGACUGCAGCGAGCAGUGGAAAACGUCUUCGACGUCUUGUCCUUGCAUCGAGAACCUGGCCAAUUCGGCGGCCACUUUGGCGCACUCCCAACUCUCGGUUCUUUGCAAGGACGAAAAAAGUCAAAAAUUAUCGAAACCAUCUUGUUACAGUGUGCCCAUGUUGUGCUCCCAGUUGUCUAUUCCCCAUUUUCCCUUGAUACACACCAUUUCGGCUCCAUCCAGUCCGAGGAAAAAGGAUCUUCUCCUUUCCAGGUUUCCUGAAUGCGAAGAGGUCAUACCAUGGGCGGAUUCGGCCCCUUUGUUAAAGAUCACCAAACCAUUAGAUUCUGAGUCUUGUGUAUGA